AAAAAAACUAGCGUAGUGAUGAAAAAGUUAAAUGGACGAACUUUAGUCGAUUAAGUUUAGAACGUCAAUUUUUCAGUGAAAAAAAAUUUUUUUUUCCAAAUUAUUUCCUUUUUUUUCGGUGAAAUUUUUAUUUCGGAGUGAAAAAUGGGGAAGGGUUUUAAUAAUUAUAUGUGUAAAAAAUUCUUCCAUCCUGCAUCGAGGGAUAAUUUGAAGAGAGUAUGGAUGGCAGAACAGCAAGCGGACGCUUACAAGAAGAAACAGGAGGAACUUCGUGUACAGUAUGAGAAGGAGCAGGAUCUUCAUAACAAUAAAGCUUUAUUGAGUAAGGAGAGUAAGGAUAAACUUAGUGUGAAUUUUAUGUACGAGGCUCCACCGGGAGCAAAGAAGGAACGUGAAAAAGAGGACAACGAGCCAGAAUAUAAAUUUGAGUGGCAGAGGAAAUAUAACGCACCACGUGAAAGUUAUUGCAAGGGCGACAGUGAAAUUCGCGAUCAACCUUUUGGAAUUCAAGUGAGAAACGUUCGUUGCAUAAAGUGUCAUAAAUGGGGCCACAUUAAUACAGAUAAGGAAUGCCCUCUCUAUUGUCAGUCGAUGAGCGUUGUGAUUAGCAACGAGAAUAAAAAUCAGGAAUCCCUCGACGCACUAACAUUAGUUCAACAAAUGCGAGAAGACGGUUUGGCACUUAAAAAAUCUGCACUGGACGCUCAACAACAUUUACGAGUACCAACGAAUGAGCACUUAAUGGUUUCCGAAGACGAAGCAGAGCAAGAAGUUUCCUUUCUGAAAUCUCUUUCGAAAAAAGAGAAGAAGAAACUUUUAAAAAAACUUCAGAAAUUGGAGAAAAAGAGUAAGAAAUCGAAGAAAAAAUCACGAAAGUCAAGUGAAUCGAGUGAAUCAAGUUCGGACGAGAGACGAAAGAAAAAAUCAAAAUCUCGAAAAUCUGAUUCCGAAUCCGAUUCAUCCGAUAAAUCUGAUCUUCCAUCUACAACAUCGUCGUCAUCGUCAUCAUCAUCAUCGACACAAUUGACAACAACAACGUCGUCGUCAUCAUCGUCAUCGACAACAACAACAACAACGUCAUCAUCAACAACAGCCACAGCUUCUCAAUUACAAAACAGUACAAUUUCAACUCAACAGCAAAGUAGUGUCGAAAGUAGAAAAGUAAUUAACGAAAAUGACAAGAGAGAUCAACGUAAUAAUGACGAUGAUGAUAAAAUUGAUGAGGUCGAUGAGAAGAUUCCUAUUUUGGAGGAUCCGAAGAAUAUUCUGAUGGAGCAAAGUAAUAAUAAGCAAAAUAAGGAGAAUGUUGAAGUUAAUACCAAAAAGCAAACGAGAAAGAGUUCAAAUGCCGGUAAUAAUGAGUCCAUCAAAAGUUCUGAGAAUACAGAGUUGAAUUUGGAUCUUUUGGUGAAAGACGAGCCGAUUGACUGGGAGGAAUCGAUGGAUCCAUCAGAUACACUUACAAUCGAUCAUGAAAUUGAUAUAAAACCGGAAAUCGUGCACAGUGCAGAUGAAGACGGCGAAGAAGAAGAAGAGGAGGAGGAAGAGGAGGAAGAAGAAGAAGAGUACACUCCACUCACGUGCGAUAUGUGCAGUCAAACCUUUAAUCGACCUUCCGAUUGGGUGCGACACAUAGAAUUCACACACGCCGACAUGACGGAAAAUCGGCGAAAAAAGCGAAAGGGCGACGUCGACGACGACAGUAAAGAAUUCCCCCCAUUAAAAUGUGAUCUUUGCGGCAAUACUUAUCCAACGCCACAGGAAUGGGUGAGACACAUUCAAACCGAACAUACCGAAGAGCAAUUGGCAUUGAUGAACAAUUCAGCGCCACCGAAACCAAAAAGAAUUCACAGCCAUCAAAAGUUGUGUAAUAUUUGUCAAAAAGUAUUCCCUAGUCAUGCGUCAAUGGUGAUACAUCAACGAACACACACCGGCGAGAGGCCAUUUUUAUGCUCCUAUUGUAAAAAAGGUUUCAACGUCAAAAGCAAUUUAUUGAGACACUUGAGAACAUUGCACGACAAAUUUGUUCAUCCAAGUUUAUACGGAAGUAAUGGCAACAAAAAUGCCUAGAUUCCAUCUUCACUCUUCAUUAUUCUUUUGACAACAAUUUAGUGAUAUUCUUUCCAUACCAUAGGACAAGAAGUCAGGCUCAAAAAAAAAGAAAAUUAACACACAAACAGUGUGAAUCAAUUUUUUCACUCAUCACUUUGGCGCAUUUUUAAAAUAUUCUUUUAUUUUUUUUCUCAACAAAUUUUUUACUUUUUCUUUCUAA